AUGGCACAGUACGGAAAUUAUGGCGGCGGUGACAACCCGUAUGCUCAGCAAGCAUCACCAGGUUAUCCUCAAUCACCUCCAUACGAUAAUGGAGCAGCGAUGGGACGAGACUCUUAUGGUGGUGAGCAUCUUUCAGCACACAAUCAUUGUCAUCCCAUUAACAUCAGAGCAGGACAAAAUCUUGAGAUGGCAUCCUUAGCACAGAAUGGAAGUCAGCCCGGACAACAAUAUGACCCCAAUGCCAUUCUCAACAGAUGUCGACAGAUUGACAUUGACAUUGAUGAUAAUGCGAGAGGAAUUGCAGCCUUGGAAUCACUUCGUAGUCGAAUCAACGGGGAGGUGGAUCAAGGAGGCAUCACCAGAGAUCUCGAGGACAUCUCUUCCCAAACCAUGUCGCAGCACCGAAAUUUAAUUGAAGAACUCCGAAAAAUCAAACUCAUGCCCGAUGCUGGCAGUGACAUGAACACAAAACAGAUUGGCAGAGUGCAACGAAAACUCAAGAAAACGAUGGACGAAUUCAACGCAAAGGAGCAACAGAUUAAGAACGCCGUCCGAGACCAAAUGAGAAGAGAAUAUCGCAUUGUCAACGCGGAUGCUACGGAGGAAGAGGUUGCUGCUGCUGUACCGGACUCGGAGCCCCAGCAAAUGUUCCAACAAGCUUUGAUGACAAGUAACAGACAGGGACAAGCCAAUACAACUUUGAAUGCUGUCAGGGACCGAAACGCUGCUAUCAAAAAGAUCGAAAAGGAUAUUAUAGAAAUCGCCACAUUAUUCCAACAGAUGGAAGAAUUGGUUGUGCAACAAGAAGCUGCUGUGGUUAAUAUCGAAAUGAAGGGUGAAGAAGUUGUAGAGAAUCUGGAUAAGGGAGUUCAACAAAUGGACACGGCAAUCGUUAGUGCGAGAUCAAGAAAUAGAAAGAAGUGGUACUGCUUAGGAAUAGUUGUCAUCAUCGUAGCCAUUAUCGCAAUUGUGUUAGCUGUACACUUCACCAACUCGAGCAAGAACAACAACGAUAACAAAACAGCCAAAAGAUCCAUCCCUACUAUUGGAACAGCACGAGUUGUACCAGGCACCGAUUUCACUACAUCAGACCGAUUAGUGGUACCAGGUGCGAGCUUCCUAGAAUCAAAGAUAGUGGUUCCAGGCCAGCAAUGGAGUGAAGACAAAGCAGUAGUACCAGGUGUAGAAUUUACACGCGUGGUUAGAAAGUGGAAGAAAUUUGUCGCAUGA